UCACCAACGGCUGCAUACAGGGGAAAAACCCUUCUCAUGUAUUGUGGAAGGUAAACUUACAAUCACUGUAACUGUAGCAAUGUAAUGUAGCAAUGUAAUUGUAAUGCAGCAAUAUAAUUUAACAAAACAAAAUAAUGAAGGUUUGUUUUCACCAAGGUAGAAAGUCUAGGCAUAAUACAAUGAUAGUGAUUCCAUUCUUUUUAGGCCUAUUAUUUUACAAUUUAAAAACUGACCAAGAAAAAGAUAAAUGUUUAGCUAUGUUUGCACAUGUGAUUGUUAAUGCGACAGGGUCAGAAAAGGUUAUGAGUUGUAUGAUCCUUUAUUAUAAUUUUUGUUUCCAAUGCUUACCCUGAAAUACAUGCAACUAUAAGUUAUUCCUUCAUUUAAGCUGCUGUCAAAUUCCUUAAAUAGGGAGGAACAAAAACCUGAACGUAAUUUUCUUUAAAGGAGAAGCAUGGAGAAAAUGUCCUAAAUUGAAACACCAUGAUUUCUAUAUCUUCCCUAACUUCAAACUCACUUCUCUUUAAAAUAUCUUGGUUGCAAUUUUUAUAGUGGCCUUUUUUUAAAAUGUCUUCCACAGGCUGCCCUAGUCGUUUUACUCAUGCUAACAGACACUGCACUCAGCAUCCUUUUGCUGGUCUUAAACGAAUGGAUAUGGAUUUAGCUUAUGUGACCAAACUCUGUGAUGAGGAAUUAAACCCAGAGAUUAAAAAAUGGAUUUCUAAGUAAUAUAUUUUAUAACCACUGAAAUUUCAAUCUAAUUCUUUCUAUUUCUAGUAAAUUUUCUGGCCUGGGUCAUUUCCUAUACCGGUAUUAUUUAAUGGUUCUAAAAUGAUUCUUUAUAAUUUUUGUGAGAGCAUAGUAGCCUAAACAUCAAAUAUUCUAUUCCCUUCAGGUACAUCAAGCAAUGCAAUGAAAGAAUAAACCCAAAAUGCACCCUUAAUAGAAGUUCAUCUACAGAAAGCAUGGAGGAUAAUGCCAUAAGAGACUGCUCAUUACCACCAAUUCCAAUAUCUCUCAUUUCCAAAACCCAGGUAGCACUUCCACAAUAUUCUGGAGUGUACACAUCAUCACGAUCGCCGCCUACUUCUUCAACCUCUGCUUUAACACCACGUCAGAUGAGUGUUUUGUCAUGUGGUUCUUCAUCAUCAGGUGUUUCAUCAAUUUCUUCAUCAUGUGCAUCACCAAUGCCAUUUACACUUGAAUCACGACCUGAGGCCUCUAAUUUUAUAUAUUCUAGCCAGAUGAUUUUACAAGGCCAGUAUAAUGAUGUAUAUCAAAUGGCUCACUGGGCCAGCAGGGCUAGCUCUCCAGCGACAGGAGAAAUGUAUCUUACUAAUUACAGAGCAGGAAAGUCACCCAUACCAUUACUACCAUCAAGCCCUUCAUCUCCAUCCCCAAUAGGGAGGCCAUCGAGUCCAAUAAUGUUGAGACCUCCCACUCCACCACUGUUAAAACCUCUUGCUUCAUCAGUGGUUAAACCACCUGACUCACUGGCCUUUAGUCUCAUCCAUACUCAAUCACCGCCCCUUAAACCAAUCCCAAUUUUUGCUCAGCCACUAAAGCUUUUUCCAAUUAAUGCCCACCUAUCAAAGCCUAUUGAUUUCCCUGCUCAUCAAUCCCAAAUGCAACCGCUGAAACCCAUUCCAACCAAUGCCUACCCAUACAGGCCCAUUGAAUCCACUGCUCAUCAAUCCCACGUACAACCACUGAAACCCAUUCCAACCAAUGCCUACCCAUCCAGGCCCAUUGAAUCCACUGCUCAUCAAUCCCACGUACAACCACUGAAACCCAUUCCAACCAAUGCCCAUCCAUCGACGCCCAUUGAUAUUCAAGUACAAACAUUUAGAUCCGUCACAGAUACUGAAGCUUUCCAAAAUUGUAAACCAUUUGCUUGUAAUGCCAUUACUUGCAAACCAACUGCUUCUACAUCACCUCCAGUUGAAACAACUGACUCUAUCAGCUACAGAACAAC